AUGCUACUGCUUGAUCUACCAAAUGAGUUGCUCCGGGAUAUAUCGGAAUACCUAGAAUCCGAGAGAGAUAUCAACGCCGUUGCACAAGCCAACCGCCACCUUUACCGUCUCCUAGAUAGCUACCUCUACCGCUACAAUGUACAACAAUCUGGAAGCUCAGCGCUGUUGUGGGCUGCCCAACAUGGCCAAGAGGAGACGGCGCAAAAGUCGUUGAGGGAAAAAGCCAACAUAGAGGCCACAAACGAUGAUGAAGAGGCACCGCUGUUGUUGGCGGCAAAAAAUGAGCAUAAGCAGGUAGUAAAGCUGCUGGUUGACAAGGGCGCCGACGUCAACGCGCAGGGUGGACACUACGGCAACGCACUCCAGGCGGCUUCAUCUGGAGGCGACGAGGCGGUGGUGAGGCUGCUGCUCGACAAGGGCGCGGACAUCAACGCGCAGGGUGGAUACUUCGGCAACGCACUCCAGGCAGCAGUUUCGUACAGAGGCGACGAGGCGGUGGUGCAGCUGCUGCUCGACAAGGGCGCGGACGUUAACGCGCAGGGUGGACACUUCGGCAACGCACUUCAGGCGGCUUCGUCUGGAGGCGACGAGGCGGUGGUGAGGCUGCUGCUCGACAAGGGCGCGGACAUCAACGCGCAGGGUGGACACUACGGCAACGCACUCCAGGCGGCUUCAUCUGGAGGCGACGAGGCGGUGGUGAGGCUGCUGCUCGACAAGGGCGCGGACGUCAACGCGCAGGGUGGAUACUUCGGCAACGCACUUCAGGCGGCUUCAGGUGGAGGCUGCGAGCAGAUGGUCAAGAUGCUGCUCGACAAGGGCGCCGAAGUCAACGCGCAGGGUGGAGUCUAUGGCAACGUACUCCAGGCGGCUUCAUCUGAAGGCCACGAGGCGGUGGUGAGGCUGCUGCUCGACAAGGGCGCGGACGUCAACGCGCAGGGUGGACACUACGGCAACGCACUUCAGGCGGCUUCGUCUGGAGGCCACGAAGCGGUCGUCAAGAUGCUGCUCGACAAGGGCGCGGACGUCAACGCGCAGGGUGGAGUUUAUGGCAACGUACUCCAGGCGGCUUCAGAAGGAGGCGACGAAGCGGUGGUGAGGCUGCUGCUCGACAAGGGCGCCGACGUCAACGAGCAGGGUGGACACUACGGUAACGCACUUCAGGCGGCUUCGUCUGAAGGGCACGAGGCGGUGGUGCAGCUGCUGCUCGACAAGGGCGCGGACGUCAACGCGCAGGGUGGACACUACGGCAACGCACUUCAGGCGGCUUCGUCUGGAGGCGACGAGGCGGUGGUGAGGCUGCUGCUCGACAAGGGCGCGGACAUCAACGCGCAGGGUGGACACUACGGCAACGCACUUCAGGCGGCUUCGUACAGAGGCGACGAGGCGGUGGUGAGGUUGCUGCUCGACAAGGGCGCCGACGUCAACGCGCAAGGUGGACACUUCGGCAACGCACUUCAGGCGGCUUCGUACAGAGGCGACGAGGCGGUGGUGAGGCUGCUGCUCGACAAGGGUGCCGACGUCAACGCGCAGGGUGGACUCUACGGCAACGCACUCCAGGCAGCAGUUUCGUACAGAGGACACGAGGCGGUGGUGAGGCUGCUGCUCGACAAGGGCGCCGACGUCAACGCGCAGGGUGGAGUCUAUGGCAACGCACUUUACGCGGCUUCGUCUGGAGGCGACGAGGCGGUGGUGAAGCUGUUAGUGGCAUGGGGUGCCGAGUCAUCAUGA